UUCGCUGCAGUCACCACUGCUGCUCAAACCCAUCUGGGGAAUGAAAUCAACCUUUUCUCUGUUUGUACCUACGUGAACUGCUCCUUUUCAGUCCGUCCAUCCAUGCCCCACUUGGGCAGCAUUUGAACAAGAGACCUUGCCUUCCACCCCCUUCAGGGGUAAUCAUUAGCUGGGCCCGUGAUGACUCCCACCAGGAGGUUGCUGUUUUCUCUGCUGCUGUCUGCUUCCCUCACAGCUUUCACUGCGCAGGAACACAAUGAGGAGCAACCUGUGGUGGACACCAAACAUGGGAAAGUCCAAGGAAAGCGAGUGGGAAUCCAAGGGUUUGACAAAACAAUCAGUGUCUUCUUGGGAAUCCCCUUUGCCAAGCCCCCCCUGGGGGAGCUGAGAUUCGCUCCCCCACAACCAGCUGUGCCCUGGGACUAUGUGAAGGAUGCCCAUUCUCACCCACCUAUGUGCAUUCAGGAGCCAAUUUUUCAGCAACUGCCCUCAGAUGUCAUAAUUGGAAAAGAAGCUAUCUCCUUCAAAUUUUCAGAAGACUGCUUGUACCUCAGUAUUUAUACUCCAGCUGACCUGACAAAGAGCACAAAGCUCCCUGUGAUGGUGUGGAUCCACGGAGGGGCUUUAGUGGUGGGUGGCGCUUCCAUCUAUGAUGGCUCAGUGUUAGCAGCCUUUGAGAAUGUGGUGGUGGUGACCAUUCAGUACCGACUGGGCAUCUUCGGAUUCUUCAGCACCGGAGACGAACAUGCUCGAGGGAACUGGGGCUACCUGGACCAAGUGGCGGCCUUGCAGUGGGUCCAGGAGAACAUCGCCAGUUUUGGAGGAGACCCAGGGUUGGUGACCAUCUUUGGGGAGUCUGCCGGAGCUGUCAGUGUUUCUGCUCUUGUUGUGUCUCCUUUGGCCAAGAACCUCUUCCACCGGGCUAUUUCCGAGAGCGGCACCGUCCUCUUCCAUGUUUUGUUCAACCCUAACAUUAAACCAGUAGCAAACAAAAUGGCCACGCUCGCUGGAUGUAAAACCACCACGUCAGCAUCCAUGGUUCACUGUCUGCGGCAGCGGACUGAGGAGGAGAUCCUGGAAAUCACGGUGAAGAUGGACUUAUUCAAAGUAGACUUAAAGGGAGACCCCACGAAGAGCACCCUAUUUGUGGCUGCAGUUGUGGAUGGAGUAUUUUUCCCCAAGACUCCUGAAGAGCUACUGGCUGAAAAGGAAUUCACUCCUGUUCCCUACAUCAUCGGACUAAAUAAUCAUGAAUUUGGCUGGAUACUUCCAGUUCUGAUGCAGUAUCCUCUCCAUGAGGACCAGCUAGACAAAGACACAGUAGCCUCAUUACUGUGGAGUUCGUUCCCCGUCACGAACAUCUCUAAGGACCGUGUGCCUGCUGUAGUUGAUGAAUAUCUUGGAGUCCCAGAUGACCCUGCCAGAAAUAAACUCCUGUUCCUCGAGAUGAUGGGUGACCUGAUAUUCGGAAUCCCGUCUAUUCGAACAGCCCGGUUCUACAGAGCUUCCGGCGCCCCUACCUACAUGUACGAAUAUCAGCAUCGGUCCAGUUCACCUACGGGACUUAAGCCAGAUUACGUCCAGGCUGACCAUGGGGAAGAGGUGAAGUUUGUCUUCGGUGACCUGUUUUUAAAAGGUGGUGCCUCAGAGGAGGAGAAAAAACUCAGCAGGACCAUGAUGAAAUAUUGGGCCAACUUUGCUCGGAAUGGAAACCCCAACGGGGAAGGGCUGGUGACCUGGCCUGCCUAUAGCCAGAGAGAAGAGUACCUGCAGAUUGGACUCACCCAGAAGGUGGGAGAGAAACUGAAGGAUGAGCGAGUGGCGUCCUGGACCGAGAUCAUGAGGGAGAACCCCUCAGGGGAGAAGAAAAGGCACACUGAGUUAUAAGCUGACCAGGUCAUGAGGUCAGUCAGAGCCCAGUUUGAAAUGAAUUAAAAGUCUAUUUGUAAUAUCCUGGUAUGGGUUGAACACCAAAUUCUGAAAUGAUCUUAGAUCGAGGUUCUGAAUCCCAAGAUGGCAACUACAAUCCUGUCCAUUAGCCAUUCAGUGAGAGUUGAUCUGCCAAGAGCGUACGGCCACGGUACCUUCGGACAUUUCAAGAGACGUGGAGCUCCGAAACAGAAGCUUCGUUAAUUGUUCAGGGAGAGAAAAGGGGGAAAGUUAGAUCAUUCAAUCAAUAGUAUUUGUUGAGAGCUUAUUGUGUGCACUGUUUUAAGCACUUGGGAAACUACAAUGCAAGAGAUAUAGAACUAAAUUCUUACAGUUGAUUAAUUAUAAAAAUCACAAUAAAAGUACCAACUUCCAUUAA